CUCCUGCAACAUAGACCCUUCAACACAGUAGAGUUUCAUAAUUAGAAGUGUGCAAGAGGACAAGAUGAAGUUCAUUUAUCUAACUGCCUUUCUUUGCUCUCUCGUGGUGAUGGGUGUUGUGUCAGCAGGGAAUGAUGGACCAGUAGUAAGUUGUUGUUUAGAGGUUUCAAACAUCAAAAUGCCACUAAGAAACAUCAAAGAUUAUAGAAUUCAAAACUCACCACUUUGUCCUCUCAAAGCUGUAGUGUUCAUCACUGUGAAGAAUAAACAUAUCUGUUCAGAUCUAGAAGAUAGAUGGGCCAAGCAUGCUAUGUACGAGGUGGAUAGAAAAAAAUCUAACAAACAGCCAACUUCUACAAUCAGCAUCUUAACUCCAGUGAGAACAGGGAGCACACACAUCUCUAUGAGUACUACGACACCUGGACCUGAGAAAAUUACAUCACAGAUCACAUAUAAAACGACAAACAAAGUAACAACACCUCCAGUGGUCAUCACUCUGUCACCUGUAUACAGAGAGAAAGAAAUGUCCAAGAACUAUAAAGUUGUUACAUCUGCAAAAGAGUGCUGCUUGACAGUAACAAAAAACAAAGCAGCGUUUCAUGAAAUUGUGGACUACAGAGUUCAAGAAACACCACUGUGCUCUUUAAGAGCUAUACAAUUGCAGAUCAUAACAAAUAAAAUCAUAUGUUCAGAUCCAGAAAAUCAAUGGGCUAAAAAAGCAAUGAUGGAUGUGGAUAAAAGAAAGAUAACCACAGCGGCUCACAUAACAAGUAAACUGUCCUCUUUGAGUACUACGACACAGACCACCGCAGGUGAAACAAAGUGGAUCUCAACUACAACUGUGUCACCAACACAGAAAACUAUGUCAGAGACGAUGUUCAAAAUACCCGGACUGGACGUUGUAACCUCUGCUGAAGAGUGCUGCUUGACAGUUGCAAAAAACAAACCAGUGUUUCAUGAAAUUGUGGACUACAGAGUUCAAGAAACAUCUCUGUGCACCAUCAGAGCUGUUGUAUUCAUAACUAUGGAGAAUAAGACCAUUUGUGCUUCUCUAAAGGAGAACUGGGUUCAGGAUUACAUACAGAACUUGAACAGACGAAGAAAAACAACUGAAACAACAGAUAAUGACAAAGAGUUUGUUAUCAUGAGAACCAAACCAAUAGAGCAGAACCGAAGACAUUCUACUGUAACCAUAGAGACAGCAACAGCAAUGUCAUUGUCAUCUAUAAUGAAUGACCCGUUUCACAACACCAAUAAUUUAUUUUGUGUAAAGGAGCCAGCUAAAUACCCCAGCUCUUAUUUUUGUAUCAAGCAGCCUUAAUACUGAGCCUAGUUCUUUGAAAGUUUUGGACAGCUAUAGUAUUUAUAGAUUUAUGGCAGUGUGGUUAUGGAAGUGAGGCUGUAGAUGAUGUUUUCUCCAGAGUCAACACACUGAUUUCACUGACUGAUUAUUCACCAGGGUAUGCACCAGCUGUGCGUAAGUUCUCACAUAAGUUGGGACUUAAUGUUCACACUAAGGGCUUAGUAACUACUAAGUCAGUGCUUAAUUUGGUUGCACCACCUGUUGUCAAGACAAGACUUCACUAAUUGACUCUUUAAAGUAAUGCGUAGUCACAUAUUUUGACGUUUACCUGUAUUAAUCCAAUAAACAGUCUUCAAAUUUGUACACCGAAGUGUUAAAAAGCCGUGAAUUUCAAUUUGAUCUUGUUACAGUUGAUAUUCAAACCUUGUUUGCUCACCUAACUGUCAGCUGUAAUAAUUUAUAUCCCCAUUAAAAUAUGAUAUGUAAUAAAAAUAGAUUUGAUAAAUAGUAUAUUUGCCCUGUGUAAAUAACAAUAUAUAGGAAUAGUAUCUAAAAUAAAUAAGGGUGAUAGAUAAAUAUUAUGCAGGCUAGAAAAAUAGAUAUUUAUUAAUUUUAAUAUCUUGUAUAUUUUGAAUGAGUUGAAACUUGACAACGGGUGACACACACUGAAGAUGGUUAGAAUGGUUUCAUAAUGAAGAGCCGCUUAAAAGUACGUUUUUUUUCACUCUCUUAAAUGUAAACGAGUGUAAAUGUCAACAUCAUAAUGUACUGUAUGUCAAAAUGACUGAUGCCUGUCACCUAAAACAUGAGCUCAUUGAUGUCAUAAAUAUCAGUCUGCUUUUUUUAUUCCAAUCAUCAUUCCUGGUCAGAGGCUGCAGUAAAUAUUUAGUUUAUAGGUAGAGUUACAUUCUACCUAAGUUUAAUGGUGCAACGCUCACAUAUAUAUAGUGCGUAAUUGUGACUUAGUGCCCAUUUACGCUACAACUAGGCUAUGUUGUAACUUACAUAUAAAUGGUGCAACCGGCCCCUGUUCUCUAUUUAAUUCAAUGAUCAGACUGAUUUGAGUGAUCACUUGUAUUUUGUGUAUUAAUUAUAUGUAAAUAAACAGUUUGCAAUAACACAUUAUGUUGUAUGGUAGCCUAUGUUUUUGAAUGUUGGGUGUGGCAGAAAUCUUAUUUGGGAAAGACUGAACAUUUUAAGGUGCAAUAAGUAACUUUUGACAAAAAUAUUUUAAUCUCCAGUCAUACCAGAGGACUAGAAUUUUUUUAUGUUGUUGUUGUUGUUCUACAAAAGGAAUGUCACUCCAUCAUGUCUGCUGCCAUGUUGAGAUCACAUGGCCAACUAGUGAUGCCUAGUAGCUUUUCUUUAGUUUACUAGAAGUUUGCAUUGAUGCCCUCUUGAGUGCAUUAUAAAGUGCAACAUAUCUGUCACUACUUCCUCUCGACUAACAAAGUGUAAUGUUGCUGUGGUGUACCAGCACUCAUCUGCACCAGUACUAUGUACAAACAGACCAGAGGACAUUUUAUGGCUUGUAUCUCUUGAGCGAUUUCGAAACAGGAAAUGCGCAUGUGGUUAUUCAUUUAAAUAUGUUACUACUCAUAUUUAAUUUGACAUAAUAGCAGAAAGAACCUGCAUAGUAAAUAAGACAAUAGUAAACUAACUUAUAAAUGUUUAAUUAUUAUAU